UGUCGAUCCUAUGUGAUCCGUAUAUAUAUCGGACCGCUAUAUCGUUUCACAGAUAUUAACGUGGAACAGCAAUACAUGCAAGACAAUGGUGUUUUGGGAGGUUACAUUUUUAUUUGCUUUGAGUCUCAAAGCUUGUGUUGUUGCUGUCGAGCAAGAAUCAAUCAAGGCGAACGGGUACCUUAUUGACAAGUGGGGGAAAUUAUUUGAUUUUAAUGAUUUCAGUCAUGAUGGAAUUCUUUCAAUUGAAGACACAAAAGUAUUUGGGGAACAUUAUAGAGUCCGUGGUGAUAUGACCGAUAAGCAAAUAAAGAUGUUUAUAAAAGACAUGGAUAGACUAUGGAAGGACUUCUAUUUCACAAACAAGAAAGAACUUUCCAAAGAUGACUUUAUAAACUUGAUGAAACAAAGAUAUGAGUCCAACACAACUGCUUUUAUUGAGAUGGUGCUUUUGUUCGAAUCGGGUUAUUGCAAAUUAAUAGACUUGAAUGGAGACAAGUUUCUUUCAAAAGACGAAUUUAUAAUGGACUUUAAUACAGGAAAGCUCAGCAAUACCAAAAUAGACGAACAAUUUUUCUACAUGUAUCGGCCUGUUUAUGAUCGUAUCCCCUUUAACGAUAUGAUUAUGUCUUUUGUUCGUUUUUAUACUGAACCCGAUAAGUUGAAAACGGACAUUGUUUUAAAUGGAUUAAAUAUCGGUGUUUGAAUAAUAACUAUUUUCUUGACACGUGAAGAAAAACUGGAAGAGGACAGAUAAUACGAAAUGGUUUAUCCGAAUACCAUUAUGUUAUUUAAUCUUAAUAUAUACAACAAAAUUAACCUUAGACGUGAAACAGAUGUUAACUAUCUGUAAACAACUUUUUCUAAGGACAUACACUAUUUUCAUAAUGUUAUAAAAUGACUGAUAUGUUUUAUCGUGACAUAUGAUAAAGCUUGGAACAAAACAAUAAAUCACGCAAAUGCAACAGUCAUACCUAUUUGACACAUUAUUUUAUUAAAUGUCUUGACACCAGUUUGUAAACUUUAAACAGUUCCAUUCCGUGAUAAAAGGGUCAUAAUUUCCAACAUAAUAAUCCGAUUUGAACGGAAGUUUCCGAUCAUAUGGCAAAUCAUAUAAGAAAAACAAAAUCCUAAAUUUCGUUUAAAAAAAAUAACUAAAAAAGCUCAUU